CGAGACGAGACACUGUUUGACGGCACAAGCCUCCCAAGGAACGGACAAUAACUCGAAACAUCCACACAGUCGAGAAAGAAAUCACCAUAUCGAAAAGUACCAUCUUCUCUCCUACAAGCAAUUGAAAACUUUGACGUACAAUUGGUUUUCUUAUACAGCUUUCUCUUCCUAUUUUCUAUUGUACAGUCAUCCAAAAUUGCCAUUUUUACUACUUAUCUACACAGCCUUGAAAUCUCGGAAGAAUUCAAUUGUGGCUACAUCGAGACCCAAUCGAAAGACAUUCCACGCGAUAUUCCCAUCCCUCCUUCUACUGCGCCUAAACCAAAACCUUCACUUGGAUUAAACCUACAACGAGAAUAGUACGAGGAACCAUUCUUGGAAGGCGUCGUUAUCAACCCUAUUAACCUUAAUUUGGCCCCAAAAGUCUACAAUUCACAUGCACUUUUGCUUGCCGUUGUCUUAUUCCCCGCCCGUUUCUUGUUUCUAAUCUCCCACAAAGGCCAUUCUAGGGAGGGAACUACAACAACUUACACUCAUUGAUUCAAGUCCUUGUUGUUCAAAUUAUGCUAUUCUUGUCUUACUUAACUCACUGAAAUUAUUCCAUUUAUCGAUGUUCAGUCAGGAGUGGAGAAUCAAUAAUUACUGUCUACGAAUUGAGACCUAAGGUACAUUCCGCAUCAGCAUCACCUGUGCACCUCACCCUUUGAUCGAAAGACCACGAUAAGUGCCGCGUCUUGGAGACGCUGGCAUACUCAAUUUCCUACACAUCUGGAAAUCUCGGGAGAUCAAGAUGUUGAGACCGGCAACUCCAUUAACGCUAUUGCUACUCGCAGCAUUCGCAUGUUUGCUCAUAUCGAUUAUAUCGACUCCCAUCAUCAAGUCAAUACCAUUGGCAUCUUUCGAUGGAGUUCAAUUUGGAGUCUUUGGAUUUUGCAAAGGAGACACUUGCAGCAGCAUUGAAAUUGGUUACAGUACCGGUGAGUUUUAAUUCUCGAGAACUAUUGUUUGGAUGCAGGCUUCCGCGCAUGGGUACUUAGCAUGCCAAGUACAGGACUGAUGUGAGAUGGUUAUUCAGACAGUCUUUACGAUGCGAGUCAAUCGGCAACGUUCGACCUUUCGCCAGGGGCCAGGUCAACGUUAUCUGCUAUUCUCAUAGUCCACCCGGUGGCUGCAUUAUUCACACUUAUAAUGCUGGUGCUAGCCAUCGCCGCCCAUUUCCACGCACCUUCACAUUCUCCUCGAUACCUGUUGGGAAUUUUUAUACUAAGCAUCUUAACAUUAAUCCUCACGCUACUCGCAUUCCUCAUCGAUGUCCUACUCUUCGUACCUCAUAUGGCAUGGGGCUCAUAUGUUGUGCUUGCUGCUACAGUUAUUAUUGCUGCAAGUGGUAUUGUGUCAUGCGCUAUGCGCCGAACGUUGGUUAGUCGAAAAGCAAGAAAGCGUCGCAUUGAGGAAAAUGCAGAGAUGAACGGAGAGAAUUUCUACAACCGUCAAGGAACUGAUCAGAUCACCCCGGUAGUCACCGACACCAGUAUUUCGAAAGGUCCGGCGAACGAAAAGUUACCAGAAUUUGCUACGUUUGAUGCGAAUAACAACGACCGGACUAGCGAUGAACGGAUACCUCUGACGACAAGGACUCCAACUGAGAAUUCUCCUAAUAAUAUUCCCAGUGGAUCUAUCAGGAGCCAAGGAAUGGAUGGGUACAACGGACCACCACGAGCAGGAAGCUCACCUCUUGACCAGUAUGGCAACUCGACAGUAAUGAUGCCGCCAGGAGGAAACGCAUACGAGAUGCAAAACCGGGAUCAUUCUGCUGGACCACCUGGACCGGCAUUAAGCCAUCAGUAUUCCAACAACUCCAUGAAUUUGAGGGGAAGGGGUGGCAUGCCACAAGGACCGCCAGGGAGAGGUGGUUAUGGACCACCAAGAGGCGGAUAUAGAGGAGGCUAUGGAGGACCUCCACCAGGUCCGAACCGUGGAGGGUACGGUUAUGGCCAACCAAGGGGGGGUUAUGGUCCGAGAGGCGGGUAUGGGCCAAGAGGUGGCGCUUACCCAGGUUCUUACAGAGGAGGCAUGAACAAUGGAAUGAUGGCGAUGGGUGGCGGUGGGCGAGCUCCUCCACCUGGAUAUGACGGCCGACGACCAUCUGAUCCGUCAGUGCCUAUGGGUGGAUUUAGGGAUGCUUCUCCAGCGCCGCCUGGUGGCUAUGUUGCAUAUAGGCCCGAAGAAACAAGACCAAGUAGCCUGCCUCGUGCCGAAUCGCCUCCACCAUUGGAAAAUAUUGAAAACAUUGGCAUGGUUGGUCAGGCAAUCGAAAUGGUCAGUAGAUACUUCACCAGAGUUUUGAUGCAAAUACUAAUUCAGCAUUAGGAUGCCUCGACAGGAAGUCCAUCACAUUCACCUCCAGGGUUUGUUGGACAAUUUGGCAAUAUUAGUGAUAGUGACGGUGAUGUCGCCGGAAUGGUGGGAUUACAGCAGCAAAAAUUACAACAGGAGCAUGAGACUUCGAUCAGCGAGACGAGUAGGUAUAGCCAAGAUGAGUAAGUGGUCCUAGAUGGUCGAAUUGCCAAUUUCUAACCCCUUCAGAUACGUACCACCAAGACAAGUAUGGGCUGGACCACAAGCAGGUAGAUCAUCACCUUUGAACCCGGCCUCGAAACCUGUCGAACUUCCUCCUAGCGAACCUACACACAAACGAGGUAACUCGAAUGAUAAUUAUUACGAGGACGUUGACCCACGUUUCGCUGAUCCAGUCCCAGCACAAAUUUCACCCCCAUCAGUUCCCGCCAUCCAAAUUCCUGGACAUUCAUUGAACAACAACCAUGAUCCCAGUUCUCAUCUUCAACCAAAUCCCUUGAAUAAUCUAGAUGGCAACAACUCUUACAAUUCUUUAGAGGAGCUCCAGUCGGGACAACGCUCCCCAGCUGAAUCAGAAAGAUCUAACUUUACGUCUGUGUCACAACGGGGGAUUAAUCCGAGAUGGAAUGGCGGUGCUAGUGGCUACGGGGGACCACCGAUGCCAAACAGGAGAGUUGCUCCUCGGCGAGACGAUGUGCUUUUGAAUGAUAAUCCCAACUUUGCCUUGCCUAUGGGUCGUGGUGGCCGAGGACAGCCUCGUGUUAUGCGUGGUGGGAUGAUACCCAAUUCUGCUUAUCCAGGAGCUAGCGCGCUUUGAACUCGGUACUCCUUGUUUUGGGAAUUUCUUGGCCGUUAUCAUCGCAUCUCUUUUCACAGUUUCGCCGCCUACCUGGUGGCCUUGGGAUUCGGCUCGUAAAUACAACAACUUUUUUUUCUUUGUCGAUAUAGAGUCAAUAUGACCAGCGGCGUUGUGGUUCCUUCAAAUUUCUAAAGCGUCAUUUCAUGAGACGGGCGGCCAUUUUGGGCUGAGCAGCAUCGCUGCCUUGUCCUUUUGUUCAUAAAAUGGCCGCGAACUUGGUGAUUUAUUUUCGACGAUUAUUUUACGGCAAUUUUGUGUAGCAAGCCUUCACAUAUUGGCCACUGCUUUGAGGGAAAGGGGUCUUUUGCAUUCAAGCGCAUUUUGGAAGGAAACUUGGGAAAGUGUAUAGCUGGCAGUUGGGUUAUGGACGGCCUGGUUGAACAUAUGGAUCAAAAGGGAUGAGACUGAGGUGCACAGCAGUUAAUAUAACUGGAAAGUGCAGAAAUUGAUGUCGAGACCGACGAAAAGCCCGUCACACAUUAUCGUGGUGAGAUGGAUAUUUGUUCCACAGCGCAAAGAUACAUAAAUACUGUAGCAGAACGAUUAAUGCAUAUCAUACUUUCCAAAAAUUGAAAAUU